CGGAGCGGGCCCCGCCGGCGCCCCCAGACAUGGGCCAGACCUCGGUGUCCACGCUGUCCCCCCAGCCCAGCAGCGUUGAUGGACUGGACAAAGCUUCUAUAGCAAACUCAGAUGGCCCAACAGCAGGUUCCCAAACACCUCCUUUCAAGAGAAAGGGGAAAUUAUCCACCAUCGGCAAAAUCUUUAAGCCUUGGAAAUGGAGGAAAAAGAAGACCAGUGAUAAAUUUAGAGAAACCUCAGCAGUAUUAGAAAGGAAGAUAUCCACACGACAAAGUAGAGAGGAGCUGAUAAGAAGGGGAGUUCUUAAGGAAUUGCCUGAUCAAGAUGGAGAUGUAACAGUUAACUUUGAAAAUUCAAACGGUCACAUGAUCCCCAUCGGCGAGGAAUCUGCCAGAGAGGAAAAUGUAGUAAAAUCUGAAGAAGGUAAUGGCUCUGUGUCUGAGAAAGCACCUCCUCUGGAAGAAAAGGCAGAAGAUAAGAAAGAGAACACUGAAAACCACUCUGAAACACCGGCACCUCCUGCUCCGCCUCCUCCGGCUCCUCCUAAGCCUAAACCCAAACCCAAACCCAAAAAAACACCUGUACCUCCAAAAGGGGCUUCAGCUGGGGCGAGCCACAAGGGUGAUGAAGUGCCUCCCAUUAAAAAAAAUUCCAAGGCUCCUGGUAAGCAGGCGCCCAUCCCUCCACCCAAGCCAGCAAGCCGCAGUGCCACCCGUGAGGCCGCUGGCUCUUCUCAUUCAAAAAAGACAGCUGGCUCCAAAGCAUCUGUUUCACCAUCUACUUCGUCCACCUCGUCUCGUCUCAAAACUUCAAAAGAGACAGUUUCUAGCAAAACAGGGACAAUGGGAACCACCAAGGGCAAGAAAAAGGCUGGUAAGCAGUCAGCCUCUCGGCCGUCCUCAGACACAGCCACGUCCACUGUGUCAGACCGUAAAGGGGAUCCUGCAGAGACCAGAGCGGAGAGCUUCCAAUUCGAGCAGACUGUCCCUGGGACGGAGGAGCAGACCACAGGCAAGGCCAAGUCCGUGGUCGCUCUGCCCCCUUCAGCUCCACCACCUCCGCCCCUUGUCCUUCCUCUUUCUCCCGAGCACCAGGGCGCUGUUCCCGCCAGCGCUCCCAUCGUCCUGGUCAGCGAUGGGGCUGACCUGCCUGCCUCUGCCUUCGACCCAAGUCAGCUUCUCUGGACUGAAGAGCCGACACACACAGCCACUCUCCACUCAGGCCCUGGCUUCAACAUCAGCAGAGAAAACGAAAAAUGUUUCACAACCAAAGAUGAGUUGGGGAGGGCAGCUCCCCAGCUCCUGAUUCCUGGACUAAUGGGAGAAUCUUCCGAAUCCUUCAGUGCCCCGGAGGACGAAGGCCAACAGGAGUACCAGGCCAAUGACUCUGAUUCUGAUGGGCCUAUUUUGUACACUGAUGAUGAUGAGGAAGAGGAUGAAGAUGGCAGUGGAGAAAGUGCUUUGGCAAGUAAAAUACGACGAAGAGAUACUCUUGCUAUCAAACUUGGCAACAGACCAUCUAAGAAAGAAUUAGAAGACAAAAACAUAUUGCAGCGUACCUCUGAGGAAGAAAGACAGGAACUUCGACAGCAAAUCGGAACCAAGCUAGUCAGAAGACUCAGCCAGAGACCGACGACUGAAGAACUAGAGCAAAGAAAUAUCCUAAAACAAAAGAACGAAGAAGAAGAACAAGAAGCAAAAAUGGAACUUAAACGCAGACUCAGCAGAAAGCUCAGCCUGAGACCUUCGGUGGCAGAACUCCAAGCACGAAGGAUCCUGCGGUUUAACGAGUACGUUGAGGUCACCGAUUCCCCGGACUACGACCGGCGGGCAGACAAGCCCUGGGCCAGGUUAACACCUGCAGACAAGGCAGCAAUAAGGAAAGAACUAAAUGAAUUUAAGAGCACAGAAAUGGAAGUCCAUGAAGAGAGUCGACAGUUUACAAGGUUUCAUCGUCCAUAAAGAAAUGCAAGACUGUUUGGAAACAUAGAUUGACAAUCGUUGGAGGAAGCACCACUUCCUGAAAACCUGAUAUUGCACUGGGAUUUGAAUGUGUGUUAACUUUAACUCGUGGUGAAAGAAGAGCGUGGUGGCUUUGCUGGAACGUG